AUCUAUUCUAUGGCAGCUGAUCCAGUUCAUCCAGUUGUCAAAAAAUGACUUUCUGACGUGAUUCGCCGAACAUAAAAUUACUUGAAUUAUUUUUUUUAAUAACAUGGGAGGCUCGCAAAGCACAAGAAAACUAAGCGUGGAUAACGAAAAUGCUAUUCAAGUUUCACAGGACGCGUUAGAAAGGAUACAGGCUCAACUGGCCGCGAAUCAAGCAGCUCAGCCAGCAGCGCCUGCGGCACCUCAGUUCGUCCCGCCUCAGUACUACGAGUCGCGAAGGCAGCAACAAGACAACGCGGCAGAAGAGGCCUACUGGGCUCGAAGGAUCGAAGGUCUAAAGCGAGCACACGAGAAAAUCAACAGUGGGAUGCAGAUUGAAUAUCAAAAGACGCUGAAAGAGGCCAAUGAUUUGUUUGAGUUAGCACAGAAGGAUAAAAUUGCCAGUAAGCUACCACCAUGUCAAGAGGAAAAAGCAAAGGUCCUGCAAUGCUACAGCACAAACCCCGACAAGUCCCUGCUGUGUGCGGUGCUAGUGAAUGACUUCAAUGAAUGUGUCUGCAAGAGCAGAGUGGCUGCUGUGUCCGCGUCUUGAGCUAACACACCAAUAAUGCUUCCCACUGAACAUUUGUCGAACUGACUCUAAUACUGAGACUUUGUAUAGUAUGCUUUGCUUCGGCAAAAUGUAGGUUCAUGAUAUUAAGUACUGAUUUAAACUGAUUUUUAACAAUAAGAAAUUUAAUUCCUCUUAUUGUAUCUGUGAUGAUUAUUGUAUUGUCAGUAAGUUUUGCCAAAGAUUUUUUCUCGGCCAGGGGAAGAUGGAAAACAUCCACCCGGGAUAGCAAUUAUAUAUGUAGAAAACCUGAUAUCUUAUUUUAUUUUAGUCAGAAAUAAAAUCCUAUACCUUUGACUGCAACAUAUAGUUUAUUGGUAUACUUUUUUCUACAACAAUAUAUUUUUUCAUUAAGUGUUGAUGUCAUGAUCUCAAUAUCCUUUAUCCUACCAUCUUGGCUAAAUACUGCAUAAUUUGCUGUUCAAUUCUCUAUGGAUAAUGAUUGGGUAAGGCAUGGUUUAAUUUUAUAGAUUGGGUGCUCACCCUUCUAUAAUCACUGCCUAACAUUGUGAAGUUUCUUGAUGUCUCACAUAUAAAAUAGAGGUGUUACUUUUCUGAAAUAUAAUUGAACAAUCAAUUUUGUCUUGUAGAGUGAGAGAUUUAUCAUCUUUGUUAUUUUAUGAAUAACGAGAAAUGUAUGCAAAUAAUCUGGUUUUUGGCAUUUAAAUACAUUUGAGUACUGUGAAUUUGCACCAUAAUUGUAAAGUGGUAAGGUCUAAUAUACUACAAUAAUUCGAACAAAGGUUCAGUGGAAAGAUCCGACAUAGUGAAUAUUCCUAGCCGGAAAAGUUAUCAAUGUAUGUAAAGUUAACACUGCAAGGGAGGUUGGGAAGUAGUUUUAAUAAUUUAAAUGAUACUGCUGUAUGAAUAAACUGUUAAUUUAA